GUCGAGCGUGAACGUAUCGAAUCUCUUCUGAAUUAUUAAACCAUUCGGAUUCUAAAUGCUCCAAUGGUUUGCUGAAAUAUUACUCAGAUAGUAUUCUUUAUUUCUAGGGUGUUGAAACCAUCGACGAGUCCGGGAUGAGUGGAAUAUGGAGAGUUCCCACCAGACGGAAGGGGAACUUUUGCCUACGGAUGGACAAUCACCUCUGGGUGAAAGCGCCGAUGAUCUCUCAGAUAAGACAAGCAGCGGACUGAAUAAGAACCUCCUCCGAUGUCUUCUACUCUUGUUGCCGGUAGGAAUCCCGAUUGUAGUUUACCUGAAAGACAUUGAUGCCACCCGGAGAAUAUUCCUAGCGGCUUUCAUCCUGUUCUUGGUUAUCGUCUUGUCCUGCAUGUUAAUGGCGUUGCUCAGGUCGCGCAGGAGAUCUCUGGAAGAUUCUUCCUCCAACAGUGAAAUCGCUAGAGAGUUGGCGCAUCGGCACCUGAUGGCGGUCACCAACAGGUUCCUCCCCAGAGGAGCACCCCACGCCAGAUGCCACAGGCAACUGCACGAGACUGUCAUCGGGGAUCCCAGAAGGCCCCAGAGAGGGAGAUUGCCCAUACAUUAUCAGUUAGCCCCCACUUACAGCCGCUCGCCUUCGCCUCGUAGAGCGGGAAUAUCAUCGUGCAGGGCGCAAUUCGGACUCACCUCCCCAUCUCAUUGCAACACCAUCGACGUGCAGGGGAUACUGUUUAGAAGGGACGAUCCGCCACCCUACGAAGAAGCUCUUCGUUGCCCUUUGGCCAACGCGGAGUAUUACAGGGUUCAUACCUCAAGACAGGAGACGCCUCCGCCCUCUUACGAGAGAGCAGUUACUUAAAAAAAAGAAAAAGAGGACUCUUUACUUCAAGGACCACACAUUCACCAACACACACUUUCGACCAAAAAACCUAGAUAAAUAGAUGGUUUCUUCUUAGAGCCUUGGGCCAGUCAUGUAUUUUUAAAUGUAUUAUCAUAAAUUACAUAACUAGAAGUUAUUUUGUAGCUUUGUAAAAUGGUUUUUUCUCUCGUAAAGUUAAACGUUUAGAAAAUA